GAAUCUCAAAGAUGUAUGCAAUUUAAUUCUCGGACACUUUCAUUUUAUUUUCUGCCCAUCAACGAGCUUUUGUCAUCGGUUAUUUCCAACCACUGCUGAACAGAAAAGACCCCUCCACACAUGAGCGCGCUCACACACGAGUGACAGGGGGGUGGCGCGGCUGCGGCUGCGCUUUUUCCUGUUGCAGCGUGACAGUGCGCACCUUCAAACUUCUGCAGAGAAACCGAACGUGAGCAGCGGCAACACAUCCAAGGACUUACAACGUUUUGCGUUUUUCCCCCCACUAGAUUUAAGUUUCUGGGAUAAACGCAUUGUGUUUUUUUGACUUUGUGAUGCCUGCCAACAUCUGAACACGAUGGCUGAGUGGAAAGACUUAUCAUCUUCACACUCACAAUAAGACCACUGCUCUUAAUGUGGCAGGCGUCGGGCAGAACUCCCAGACCCUUCCUCCUCAAUAUUCUGCCGCCGUCUGAGGCAAAGUUUACCGAGCUGAACACAAAAGGGGCGACGACGGUUGCAGAGACAAAGAGGAAGACUGACAGACGGGUGUAGGGUUAGUGUAAAGUGAGUUACAGUAAAACGUUUGACUUAAGUCAGUCAGGCACUACAGUGUGAUGUUCGUGGGUGGAACUUCCUGCCUUGCCUGUUCUCCUUUGACACAAUCGCUCUUCCCUUACGUCGCAUGAUGCGGUUUGGCAAGCAGGUAUUGUGUCUAAAAACAAGUCAAACAGUCAAGUCUGUGGGAUGAAAGCGCAAAGAAAGCAAAAAAGAGGAAAAAACAACCAUGCUGGAGAGAGACCAGCUGGUCUAUAUUGUCCUGGAGCUGGUGAUGGCUUGCCUGGCCGUGGCUGGGAACGUCCUGGUCUGCUGGGCCGUCUGUCUCAACUCCAACCUGCAGAGCAUCACCAACUUCUUUGUGGUGUCACUGGCAUUGGCUGAUAUCGCUGUGGGACUGCUGGCAAUUCCCUUCGCUAUCACUAUUAGCACCGGCUUCUGUGCUGACUUCUUCGGCUGCCUGUUCAUCGCCUGCUUCGUCCUCAUACUCACCCAGAGCUCCAUCUUCAGCCUGCUGGCCAUCGCUGUAGACCGCUACAUCGCUAUCAAGAAUCCACUCAGGUACAACAGCCUGGUGACAGGGCAGAGGGCAAAGGCCAUCAUCACACUCUGCUGGGUUCUCUCAGUGGGCAUCGGCCUGACUCCCAUGAUGGGCUGGAACAGAGGUUGGAACACCACAAACACCAGCAAAAUCUGCCCUGAAGGCAUGACAAAGUGCCUGUUUGAAGAAGUGGUCACCCUCGACUACAUGGUCUAUUUCAAUUUCUUCGGCUGUGUGCUGGUGCCCCUGGUGGUCAUGCUGGUCAUCUAUGCCCAUAUCUUCAUGGCUGCUCGCCGCCAACUCCGGCUGAUGGGGCUCAAAGUUGCACACCUGCCCGCUCCCGGAGAAAUAACGUCACCGCCGAGCUCGUCUCGUACGACCCUGCAGAAGGAAGUGCAUGCUGCCAAAUCUCUGGCCAUCAUUGUAGGUUUGUUCGCUUUUUGUUGGCUUCCGCUUCACAUCAUCAACUGUUUCAACCACCUGUGUCCGGACUGUGGGCGCCCACAUAUCUGGGUGAUGAACAUCGCCAUCAUCCUCUCCCAUGCUAACUCUGUUGUGAACCCCUUCAUCUAUGCUUAUCGCAUCCGGGAGUUCAGACAGACCUUUCGGAGGAUCCUGUACCAGCACGUGCUCGGGCAGAGGGACGUACCGGGGUUUGGGGUUGGCAGCGGUGAUGGUAGAGGUGUUCGGAGCAGCAGUGUUGCUCGGACUCCCUCCCGUACCAGUAAAGAGGGUUCAUCAUGUGGCACAAUAGUGAACACCUACGUCCUGGACCCCAGUCCUGACCGGACUCCACCUAAAGCUGCUCCUGAAACCUCUUGCCAUUGGACUUCAAAGAUAGACACUGCAACAAACAGCUACAUACCCAACGGACACCAAAUAAAGGGUAGCACCCUUCCAGCAAUGCAGCAGCAGCCGUGCAUCAUGGGAGUUGCUGCUCAGGAUGGAGUCGAGUCGGACACAUAUCUGCAGGGAGCGGCAGAUGUUUUAGAGCUGAAAGACAGUGGAAGCUGCGUUGCUUUUGUGAAUGCUCAGGCUCUCUCCCUAAAACAAACUGACUGUGUCCACUCGACAGAGCUUACAGAAGUCUCUUGACAAAUAUAUUUAAAAUAUAUUUCUCUUGCCAUUAAACAUGCAAACAUGACAACAUGAAAUCAACAACUACAGCAAAUCUCUUUCUCUUUCUGGAGUCACAUGUUCUGGUUUCCAUGGAAUAUUUGUCCAGUUUUUUUACUUUUUCUCAUCAACCAUCCCUGAGUUGAUUUACAAGCACACAGAAUUUGUCAAAAGCAAACCUGUUCUCACUUCCUACUCGUCAAAUACUGAUGCUUGGUCAGUGCUCCUCGGUGCCCAAGGCAGCCUUUAGAGUCCAUAUGAGAAACAUUUGGCCUUUAGACGGGUGUUCAUGUCCUACAACUCAAUAUUGUGAUUUUAAAUUAAACUUUAAAUUUACUUCCGUACAUGCAUACGUCGUGUCCUAUGUCAUGUUCAACAUCACGCCUCGCUAAUGUGUAUUAUUUAGAUUUUUAAGGGGCGUUGCCUCUGAAUAAACCUUCAAGUAACCAGAGCAAUGAAAACUGACCCCUAACCAACCGGAGCAAUGAAGAGGUCACAAACUUUCUCAAAUUACAGCUAAACACAACAUCAAAAGUGUCUCUGAAAACAUUUUAGGGAAAAUCUUGAUUCAUAUUUGAUCUGAGUUUCGGGGGUUGCUUUGGAUGUCAGUCAUCCUAUCAAACCCACCCAAUAUGAGAUAAAAGGCUGUGAUUGGCCCCAUGGGGGUGACCAGACACACCUGCCAGAGACCUGAGCUCGGCAGAUUUGACUCAUUUUUAGGCUAAUUUAAAUCCAAACCCUGUUUAUUUCCCUAAACUUUGGUAUCUUAUCCUAACUGGGUAUAUUUCCUGUUAACAUGAAAGUUUAUUUUGAAAAGUCACUAUGCAUGUAAUGAGCAGAAACUGACGAGCUGUCCCUGACACAUGCAUAACUGACAGUAGAGGGCAACCUAGAGCGUCGUAUUUUGAAGCACAGGGCCACUGACCAAGUUGGGAAUAACUAUGUCUUGCAAAAGUAUGUGGAUGUAUAAAACUGCAUAUCUUGACAUGCAGUACAGUAUCAUCUGUCUAUUCUUUCUCAAAGAUAAAUAGGUUGUGUGCCUUUCAAACAAUAUGCAUUUUAGAAAACAAUGCUUUAUCAACUGUACUGUAUCUAUGCAUUAAGAAACUUUAAACUUAGAAGUUCUUGAACUGUUUUUUUUUUUAAUAUAUAAUGUUGCAUCAGGUCACCUUUUGUAAUUGUUAUCCAUAUUGUUUUUACACGU